AUGGGGAGUAUCCAAAGACAUCUUAGAAUUGGAGUUGAUGUUGGAGGAACGAACACAGAUGCUGUCGUAUUAGAUCCCUCGCAAGCUACUUCACCAAGUCGAGGUGUCUUAGCUCAACACAAAACUCCAACAACCAGUCCCAAUGUCACAGAUGGUAUUGAGACCGCCGUGAAGACGGUUCUCGAAGAAUCCAAAAUCGAUCGGGGUAGCAUUGCAUGUCUGACUAUUGGAACCACUCACUUCGUCAACGCGAUCGUUGAAAAUGACUCCCGGCGUUUGUCAAAAGUUGCUAUCAUGCGGCUUUCAAAAAGCUUCACGAAAGAGAUCCCUCCCUUCUCAGAUUUCCCUCCUCCUUUGAAGCAGAUCAUGAAUGGAUACUAUUGUUUCGUUUCUGGAGGACUACAUAUCGAUGGAUCUGAAGAGGCUCCCAUUGUUGAAGAAGAGAUCGUUCAGCAAUGUCACGAGAUCAGAAACCGUGGCAUAGACGCCGUUGUCAUCUCUGGUGUCUUCUCACCUAUCGAUGAGCACUUUAAACAAGAACACAAUGUGCGAAAGAUCAUUCGGCGAGAACUUCCAAAUGUCAACGUAGUUUGCUCAUCUGAAGUCUCGAACAUCGGCUUUCUAGAGCGAGAAAAUGCUUCAAUAUUGAAUGCGUCAAUCCUAAAAUUUGCUCGAAAGACGAUCAAAGGCUUUCGAGCUGCAAUGAAACGAUUGGACCUUCACUGUGCUCUGUACCUCACGCAAAAUGAUGGGACGUUGAUCGACGCACCCUCAGCUGCAAGCUUGCCGAUCAGGACCUUCUCUUCUGGACCAACGAACUCGAUGAGAGGAGCAGCAUACCUUGGACUCUCGGACUUUUCUCAAAGUGGGAAGAAAACAUCGACAAUCGUUGUCGAUGUAGGAGGAACGACUACUGAUGUUGGUGUGUUACUACCAUCAGGAUUUCCUCGCCAAGCAUCAGCAUAUGUGGAAGUUGCAGGCGUCAAAAUAAAUUUCUCGAUGCCACACGUUGAAUCAAUAGGUCUCGGAGGUGGCUCCAUUGUGCGAGAAAGUGAUGCCGGUGUCACCGUCGGGCCUGAUUCGGUCGGCCAUUAUCUGACCACGAAGGCGAAAGUGUUUAGAGGAGAUGUUUUGACAGCUACUGACAUUGCUGUUGCGGCUGGAGAGAAUAUCGGAGAUCGAGAGUUAGUCAAAAAGCUCUCCCAGUCUACCAUCACCCAAGCACAGGAUCGAAUGAAAGCACUUCUAGAACGAGUAAUCGAUCAAAUGAAGACCUCUCCCGAACCACUUCCCGUUCUUCUCGUCGGAGGCGGCUCCGUUAUCUGCCCCACCAAAAUAUCUGGAGUCUCAGAAGUUAUUCAGCCACCAUUCCAUUCAGUUGCGAACGCUGUUGGGGCAGCGAUCUCCAAAAUUGGCGGAACUGUGGACAUGAUUCAAAGCACGGCAGAGCAGACGAUUGCACAAAUCACCGAAAAGGCAAAGAAAAUGGCCGCCGAGCGAGCUAUCGCAGCUGGAGCGAAACCUGAGACUGUUGUGCUUGCGGAAGUCGAUGCGAUGCCACUUCAGUACGUGGCAAAUCAAGUCAGAGUGAUUGCCAGAGCCGUUGGGGAGUUUUCUCCAGAGUCAUUCAAUAGUGAAGCAGCUCUUAGCGAGUUCGAUGCCCAAGACGAGGAGGUAUACGCAGAAGAGAGUGCGAAGCAAGCACAAGCUCCCAUGAUAGAUCCACGUCCCAAUGUCGAUGUCGAUACUUAUCGACCAAAUGUUGUCAUCAACACAAAAACUCGGCAUCCGGAAUGGUUUGUCUCGGAGACAGAUGUGGAAUGGAUGUCUGAAGGGUGUUAUGUUCUAGGAUGCGCUGGCGGAGGCUCUCCUUUCUCAGAAUACAUCAAGCUCCGUGAUAUCCUGAGAGCUGGUCACACGAUCAGAAUCAUCGAUUCUAGUGCAAUGAAAGAAGACGAUGUGAUAUAUUGGGGUGGCCACAUGGGAUCACCGGCGGUGUCCAAUGAAAGACUUUCCGCCAAUGAAACAGAAGAGGCAAUGAGAGAGCUGAUGGAAUACUACAAACACGAUUCCUUCGAUGUAGCAAUGAGUCUCGAAAUUGGAGGUGCGAAUGGCUUGCAACCUCUGUUAGUCGGCUCAAGCAAAGUCUUUGAUCGUCCAACAGUCGAUGCAGACUGGAUGGGCCGAGCGUAUCCGACUUACUGGCAAACAACACUCUGUGUAUACACAUCAGGUGAACUCGUUCCGUGUGCUAUCGCGUCGGGCGAUGGCAAAAGCAUCCUCAUGACAAAGACCACCAAUGACGAGAUCGUGGAUCGUGCACUUCGAGCUUCUUGCACAGAGAUGGGAAGUCGAGUAGGCAUGGCAGCAAGACCUACCACGAAAGAGAAAGUCAUCAAGUACUCAGUCCUCAAUACCAUGAGUCUUGCAUGGAGAAUUGGACGAUGUAUAGCUCGAGCCAAAGCUCACAACACCACGAGCACGAUUUCGGAACAAAUCAUCGAUGAGGUUGGAGGACCUGAGUCUGCGAAAGUCUUAUUUCGAGGCAAGAUCAUUGGUGUUGAACGACGAUUGUGGAAGGGACAUUCGUAUGGCGAAAUAACAAUUCAGCAGAUUGCAGACGAGGAACAAGAGUCAUCAGAUGGUGUCAUGAAAACUGUUGCUGUUGGUGGAGUACUCAAAAUACCAUUCAAGAACGAGAACAUAUACGCCAAGCAUGUGAGAGACGAUGGAUCUGAGAAAUACAUUGCGAUGGUUCCAGAUUUGAUUGCGGUUCUUGAUACACAGAGUGGAAAGGCGUUAGGUGUGCCCGAGUACAGGUACGGUGUCAUGGUGACGGUUCUUGGAAUUACGUGCAGUCCGAGAUGGAGCGACACACCGAAGGGUCUGGAGAUAGGCGGACCUGCAGCAAUGGGUUACAAAAAUGUGGUUUAUAAGCCUUUGGGGAAGUACGUGGAACCUAAGAGCGUUGUGUUAGAGUAUGCGCCGAAAUAA